AUUUCUACCCUUGCCCGAGACAUCUACCACCCUUUCUCGCGCCAGAACAACUGCUUCCAGCGGCCUACUCUCGUCGAUUCCGGUGCUUGCUCAGCUUCUCCGCAUCUCGACGGGCGAUAAACACGCAUCACAAGCGAGAACCAUGUCACCUGCUUGAAACCUGCGCGCAGCCCAGCCCAGCCCAGCCCAGACCGAACAACCUUGCUUGCUCUCCGCUCCGCUCGCCGCUCGCUUUCACCGAGACAACCACCACUGUCACUGCGCUUGGCGGCGCUCUUGAUUGAGUCUCUGCCUGACCAGUGACUACGCACACUGGACGAUCCACGGCAUGGCCACCACCACCACGAGCUCGCUCCCCACCGCGACGGACAGCGCCGGUGGCGGUGCCAAUCAAGACCACAGCGGUGGUCCUACGAGCUCUCCGCUGCUGUUCUUCGUUGCAUUAGGAUUUGGCGUCGUCUUCACCAACCUAUGGAUCAUCGUCGGCGUAAAAUACUGCUUCAGAUAUAACCAACGUAACCGUCAGGCCCGCGCCCUUAACGAGAAUGGCGAACCCAUCGAUCUCGCGCAGAUGCCUGGACAACGACGACGACGGAAAGAGAAGAAGCUCAUGUCCAUGGAGGACGUGAAUGAGCGCUUCCCUCUCAUUAAGUAUAAGACAUGGCGUUCCUCACGAGAAGCUCAAGGCCUUCCAGCAGAGGGCGGCGUGACUGCACCUCCUAGUCGAGCAGGCAGUCUCCGGGACGAGGACGGCGUCAUCGAUGCGUUCGGCAAACAAUCCAUUGAGACGGCAAGCCCACCGACGGCAUUGAGUAUGGCUCGGGAGAGUCUGGUGAGUGCUACUGCAGAUGCGCCGAGGCCCGAAGCUGCUGCGAGUACGGAUCACUUUCAGGAGAAGACGCCUACCAUUGAAGAGUUGGAGCAUGCGCGGAAGAACAGCGUGGACAGGACGAAUUCGGCAGCGACGGAAGUGGACGAGGUGGACGAGGACGACCCUAUAGCCACCGCAGCACCACCUGAGAUGCUGGCGGCUCCGGGAGAUACGUGCGCCAUCUGUCUAGACACUCUAGACGACGAUGAUGAUGUGCGCGGCUUGACCUGUGGGCAUGCCUUCCAUGGGUCAUGUGUGGACCCGUGGCUCACCAGCAGACGAGCAUGCUGUCCUCUGUGCAAGGCCGACUACUAUGUGCCGAAGGUCCGACCGGAGGAAGAAACCACCACGGCGACUUCUGGACGUCGAGGCAGAAACGGCGCUCUGCCGACAGAACCGCCUCCUACCUGGCGCCAUGGCAUGCCCUUCCGACCACGCAUGUUGUUCGCAGGCCAUCCGCGUAUCUUUAUAUCCGAUGCGGCCCGGACGGGGCACCCAUCACCUGCUGCGCUCGAACGUGCUCGACGAGAACGGGAUGUCCAGCGGGCUCCCCCUGUGCAGCCUCCAGCGGACGCCACCCAUACCACUCGUACAUGGAGAUCACGCAUACCGACGGUAUCUCUUCCACGCUUCGGCAGAAGACCUCGGGCGAGCCCGACCGGGCAUGGUGCAGUGGAAGAGGUCAACGUCACCGCCAGCGACCUCGAAGCCGGGCGAAGGCGAUGAGCGAUGUCCUCUUAUCUCUUCUUGUUCGUUCUAUUUCCACGCAUUAGCGCCUUUUUAUACGACACCACGAUUGAUGAAUGAAACUGCGCACGAGGCGCAUUGAGCAAAUGUGGCAACAAUCAACAGUAUCGCCAUCCUGGACGUGGCAGGACACAUUCAGAGCGGCGGCUUGCAGGGGAAUCAGCGAGCUUGCUGUAUGCCGGCGAGAUCUGUCCAUAUGGCGAGGCAGAAUUAACAGGCUUCUAUGAUAUCUCUUUGUGCAUGCACUCCUAGUCUUGAGGUCGACACGAUCGAAGUCGGAGUGGUGCGUGCAUUGUGUAUAGAUGAGAGAGAGAGAGAGUAUUCGCAACUACGCCUGAUAUCUUAUUGCAACUCGGGCAUUGUCCCC